CCGAUAAUUUUCUGCAAAAUGGCGAAAUGUUAUAAACGGAACGUCGCAAAAUGGGAGCAGCUAUCAGAUAUUGUGCGGCCUCGUUUUGUACUUGUUGACGUUGGUAAACGACUAAACGGCAUUAAAACCAACACUAACAAGAUGGUUAUAUGUACAGUAGUAUGAUUAAUUCAAAGGUCUGACUGCAAAAGCGUUCUUACACCUCCAUCUCAUACGCAAAGCAGAUAAGUACAGUUUUAUUUGACGAUAUUCUGCAUAUCGAAAGGUCAAACUAAAAAAAGUGUCGAAGCGCGGAUUUUGUUUUUCGGAAACGUCUUAGAUACUUCUAGUUCAGGAAUUAAUUUAAAAUUAAUAACCCGUAUUAACAAUUUAAUUUAAACCCCUUAUACGGAUUACGGCUUUUCAAAGCAUUGCGAAUAACUGCAGUUUUGCAGCGUUAAAGAUUUUGAUGUGACACAUCCUUCGUGACAUUCGCAAGCGAUGGAGUCGAGACGAGGACUAGUCACCGCCCGUGCAUCUUCUUGAAGAUUAGCUUGACGGGUUUCAAUUUAAAACGAGAAUACAGUAUGUUGAAUUACCACGGAGAUACUACCUAUUUUUCCAUAGUGACCUUUACCCUAUUGGCCAGCUGUUAUACAGCCUGCUCUCUCCGCAUGCCGUUGCCAUCUGACCAUCAGAUCUCGAAAAACUGCGCUGAAAAUUAUGGAGAUAAGCCUGUAAUCGCGUCAAAAAUGCGGUCACCGAUGACACUCUACGAGCUUAUGGUCAGUCCAUUGGCUAUUACUAAUAGAGCACACCGGUCGGUUUCACUUGAUAUGGAUGCGACGCGUUCAGCAGCUAAUGUUUCCGCAACAUCUGCUGACGUAUGUCCCGAGAUAGUAGAGCGUUCUGAAUGGAACGCCAGAGAACCCAUCUAUGGACCUGAAACGGAAGAGCCAGCGAAGCUGCAACUACCACUGAAGAACAUGGUGUAUACACAGACAUAUUCGGGAUGGCCGUGUAUGACCCGUGAAGACUGCAAGAUCACCGUCAAAGUCAUACAAGACGACCAUAUGGGAUUUGGAGCAACUAAUAAUAAAUUCUCCGACAUCGGCUAUCACUUUUUGAUUGGCAUGGACGGGUCAGUGUUUGAAGGCCGUGGAUGGUUUGUUAAAGCCGCCUACAAUCGACCGUACAAUUCACAAGGUUUCGGCGUGGCUUUUAUUGGCACUUUCCCGGCCACCGGAAACCAUACAGGGCCUUUAACAUACGCCGCCUUGGUAUCCGGAAACCGAUUAUUACGCUGUGCUCUUUUCAAGGGAUUUCUAGUGGCCACCGGCUACACUGUGGUCGCGUCGAGAAUAAGUACGGUGGUUGGGAAUUACGUUCGAAACCCCAAAAGCUUCCCACAAAUGCAGUCCUCACCCACUUCAACGAUGCAAACAAACGAUGCAGUAACCACAACGUCCGCACUAUCUUUACCGAUAAAAGAACCGGUAUAUUCGGUACUGACGAAGGAAGCGAUAAUCGCCAUUUCCGUUGGAUGUAGUGCUCUGUUGGUGAUUUCGAUCGUUGUGGCAAUAUUAUAUUGCCGACGACGAGUUAAAAGAUCACAAAAGCCCGUAGUGGGAUUAGGAAUGCAACAGGAUGGACAGGCACUAACAGCCACUAGUUCCGAGAAUCAGGUCAAUGUGACUGAGUGGUUUGGAAGCGAUUGUGCAUACAGAUAUGAAGCCAACGAUUACAUCGCCAAAGGAGCGUUUGGACGAGUGUACAUUGCGACCGUAACAAAACUCCGCCCCUUUAAUGGUGAUGCCACCAUGGCAGUCAAAGUUACACAUUUCGACGUCCAAGAACAAAUGGAAGUCAAUUCUGAACACUGGAUCAAGUUACUGACAAGGUGGAGGAUGCUGACUACUUUGACCUACGAUCACCUCGUAACGUAUCAUAAGGUGUCCAUUAUUCGACCACGAGGCGGCCUCUCAGUGGAGUUUCUGAUGGACUACUGCCGCGGAGGUGAUUUGGCUUCGGAACUCCACAAAAUUAAAAAGAGCAAUGUCUGCUUAGACUGGACCCGGGCGCUCUGCUACGCGCUGCAAAUCGCCGAUGGCUUGGAAUUUCUCCACCGGCAUAAGCUGAUUCACGGAGACCUGAAACCGGGCAAUGUUCUGUUAAAAGGUCACAACGGCCGCCACGACACACUACUAAUUGGCGAUCUGGACAGUCUCGUGCAGAUGCAUCACAACACGACAAGUGCCACCGAUAUGUCCCAUCUUCACGGAACAGUUCGCUACAUGUCACCGGAAAUGCUGAAACGUUUUGGUGAACUAGACACACCAGCGCCGGGACGGGCGACGGACAUCUGGAGCGUGGGCUGCAUUAUCCACGAUCUGUUCGACUGCUCGGCUGGCAUCCUUGUGAGAGUCUUGCGUAAAAUUGAUUGCAACGAUUUCGUCGUACAGGAUGCCACGAUCCCCGCGACAUUUGCUAUGAAAAUCAUGGAGGGCUACAGUCCUGUCGUCGACGAAAAUAUUCGAACAGAAUUCGCUGACGUCAUUAAAAACUGCUUGGUUUUGGAUAGCAAGGGCAGACCUUCGGCUGACUGCCUCAAGUGUACGCUUCUCGACGUGAUCGCUGGGCUGGCAGCUGCGAGCGAUACUGACACCGUCGCUGAGAUGGACACUGUUCGCCAGUGCGUUUGUGGCAGGCAUUUGCCAGUAGAAGUUCCGAUGUAGUUAUGUUUUCUAACAUUUUUCAAAGUGCUUCUACAAAGGAUUAGUCAGUCUGGAUUCAUAUAUCUUUGUCUGUAGAUAAUGAGCACAAGGUAUUACUGUAGUGUGCUAAACAUUCUCGUACAUGUUCAUUGCUUCAAUUUACCUCGUACAAAAUCCUUGUACCGACUGUCGGUUCAAGCAAGAGUAUGUAACUAAAUAACAAUUAAGUGGAUUUAACUAAGAAAGUUUACUAUAGAUUUUCUGAAGGAAACUUACUGUUCUGUUUUUCAGCGCUUUUAAACCAGAC